GAAGAUAGCAAGCGACAGUUUGUGUGCACAACUGUCCAUCACACGGUCUCGAGGAGCAACCCUAGCUCGAUCAGGCCGGCUAGCCGCAGAUGGAUAUGGGUUUCCCCGGCACGGCGAACGGCGGCGCGGUGACGGCCGGCAACGGCGGCGGGGCGCCUGCUGGGGCGCCGGCCGCGAUGAUACGCGAGCAGGACCGGCUGAUGCCGAUCGCGAACGUGAUCCGCAUCAUGCGGCGCGUGCUGCCGCCGCACGCCAAGAUCUCGGACGACGCCAAGGAGACGAUCCAGGAGUGCGUGUCCGAGUACAUCAGCUUCAUCACCGGGGAGGCCAACGAGCGGUGCCAGCGCGAGCAGCGCAAGACCAUCACCGCCGAGGACGUGCUCUGGGCCAUGAGCCGCCUCGGCUUCGACGACUACGUCGACCCGCUCAGCGUCUACCUCCACCGCUUCCGCGAGUUCGAGGGCGAGGCGCGCGGCGCCGGCGCCCUCGGCAUCGGCGCACGAGGCGAGCACCACCACGGCCACGGCGGUAUGCCGCCGAUGAUGCUCAAGUCCCGUGGGGGCGUGUCGUCCAUGGUGCCUCACCACGAUAUGCAGAUGCACGCCGGCGCGGCCAUGUACGGGGGCACCGUGCCGCCACCGACGCCGCACCAUCAUCCGUUCCUCAUGCCGCCGCACCACGGCCAGUACGCGCAGUACGAGAUGUACAGCGGCGAGCAAGGGAUGGCCGCGUACUACGGAGGAAUGUACGCGCCCGGGAACGGGGGAAACGGCGACGGGAGUGGCAGCAGCGGCAACGGCAACGGUGGUGCAAGCACGCCGCCUGCUUCCAACUACGAGCACCAGCAGCCGUUCGGAUACAAGUAGUGGUUACACCGAUCCUUGUCGCACAGAUCGCGCAGUAGCUUUGCGCUCGGCUUGCUGGUGUCUACUACUUCUCUAGUGUGCUUAAUUUUGCUACGUUCGCGUGGCGACGACGUUAUUUCCAGCACCCAGUUUUACUUUUUCCAUGUAGCAACUAGCAAGCGCACUAUUUUCUUAUCUUAGUCAU